AUGUCGAGCGUUGUCCUUAUGGGGAUAAGCACGUCCUGCGAGAAAGCUGAUCGAUAUAGGCAUCUCAGGACACCUGGUAUGGAUACUUCACAACUGUAUUCUCCUCAAGAUCAAAAGGCGCAAACGUCGCCGAUGUUGAGAAGGAUUUUGCAGCGGAUUGCAGUAAUCUCGAAUGAUGAAUGGUGUAGAAGCAAAAAGCAAAAAGGAUCGCAUCUAGGAAUUGAUUUCAAGCGGUUAAAAGUUUCAUUUUAUUUUGUCUAG